AUGGAUAUAGAGCAUUCCAUAAAUGGAUAAACUUAUCUCCACUACAGGAUGCUAAUAUAGUACUAUCAGGUGAAAAGCAUACUGUUAGAACUUCCCUAUGAUGUUAUCUAAAUAUCGAUUUACGCUUUCCUGUCUUUGCAUCCCAAAUAUAAAUUCCCUAAUCAUAACUACCAGAUGCUAACGCCAGACCAUCGGGAGAGAAACAUACUGAUCUAACUACAUCGCAAUGACCUAUUAAUAUAGAUUUUUCUUUUCCUGUCCUUACAUCCCAUAAAAUAAUGGAUUUAUCUGCACUACCAGAGGCCAAUGUCAUACCAUCAGGAGAGAAGCUUACUUAAAAGACACUUUUCUGAUGACCAUUUAAUUGUUAUUUUUGUUGCUCUAUCUUAAACUCCUAUAAAAAAAUUGAUUUAUCUGCGCUACUAGAUGCCAAUAUAUUACUAUCAGGAGAGAAGCAUACUGAAUUUACAGGUCCAUUAUGACCACCUAAUUUAGAUAUUAAUUUUUUUUUAUUAACAUCCCAUAAAAAGAUAGAUUUAUCUGCACUACUAGAUGCUAAUGUAUUUCCAUCAGGAGAGCUACAUACUGAUCUCACCUAAUCUGUAUGACCUUUAAAUAUCUCUAUUUGUUUUCCUGUCUUAGCAUCCCAUAAACUAACAGAGUUAUCAUCCUACCAGAUGCUAAAAUAGUAUCAUUUGGAGAGAAGCAUACUGA